UUACAACAAUUUGAGCUUUAUCGGGAUCAACAAAUUGUUUUUGGAAACUUCAAGCCGAAUCAGGGCUACAAAUUAUCCGCGACACAAAUCUCGUCUUACUUGGUUACCGAUGUAUUUGACUGCACAUUAAGCUGUAUUAGCGACUCAAGGUGCAAGUCGAUCAAUUUUGCGGUAAACCCAGACUCUAACAAUCUUCAUGUUUGUGAAUUGUUAGACACUAACAAGUACCGGGCCGCUUCAGGUGACUUUCAAGUAAAUGUCGAUUUUCUUCAUUAUAGCCCCCACGUGAGUAAGGUAUCGAGAGCUCAAUUUUUUAACAGUUUUUCCUUUAUACUGACGAACUCAUAUUAUUAGGCUAAAAUUCAACGGUUUUUUAGUUAACCACUGGCUGGUUCGCUGAUUAAUGUCUCUAUCUUUGUUGUGCAGUUUAGGUCAGUCCACAGUUUUUUGAUACAAUGUCUUUCUUUAGUAUAGUUUCCCAGCGGGGAAGUAAACAGAAAAAAACUAUUCACUCAGUUUUUAACUUUAACUUCCUAUUACAGGCUUCGUGUCAACGAGAAUUUGUUGGCAUCCAACGCGAAAGGAAGGGUAAGUUGCGACCACAUACAUUGCCAACGAAAAUUCUGUAAAUGUGUCAUGCAAACCAUUACCCUGCGAGCAGUGGUUUAACCAUCGACUGCGCAUGUGUUUGUACCUUUCCCUUUUGUACUUACACAGAAGCUCUCGACUGUAUUUUUAGCAGUGACCAAAAUUUGCCAUGAGAACGUUUUUUAUUGUUUUCUCUUCUGCCCCCAAAAUGGAGUCUUUAGCUGAGCCAACAGUUGCUAUGACUACCAGAUAUGAAAGAACAGUGGGAAACCCUCAAAAUACGCAAAACGGUGUAAAUGCGUCAUACUUGAAAAUGGUUAAAAGUUUCCUUGUGGCCCAAUUUGAAGAAGUCUAGUAGAUGUAACUGUAAAUGAAUCCUUAGCGAGUAGCAUGUGAUGAUUCGUAGCCUUUCCCUUCUAAACUGAUAAAACAAGAAAACAAACGAACAAAAAAAAACUGCUUAGCUAGAAAGUAAUUAUAGUAAACAAAUCUCUUCUACCUUUUUUAUACACUUUUCUAGUACCUUUUUUAACACACUGGAAUCAGGGGCACCCAACGAGAAUAUAGUUCACAACCACUUAAACAUAGCAUUGUUAAACGUAUUUUAGUAUUUAAACGGUAGAUAUAGGCAUAUUUUUAUCCCCUAAAAACUUUUCAUCUGUUCGGAUUUCCUAGCUGAAAGUCUAGUGAUCCGAAAAUUAUAGGGAUCAAAACUUACCUUUUCGAAAAUUUCAGCGUGGAAAAGGCUCCCGAAAAUUCUAGGUGGCCAUUUUUAGGGUAAAUAUCCGUUUAAAAUGGGUAAUUAUACCAUUUUGUAGAUGUUCGAAAAUCUUAGGAGAGGCAGGCAAGCAAGAAAUUUUACAACAAAUGUUCCGAAAAUUCUAGUUCUCAAAUCGUCUUCCGAACAGAUAUUUUCCCAAAAAUUGCCGUUGGGUGCCCCUGUUUUCUUUUCAUUUCUUUAUCAUAAAUUAGCAUUAUUAUUAUUAUUAUUAUUAUUAUUAUUAUUAUUAUCAUUAUUAUUAUCUCGCAGUAUAAAACUUUGGAAUGCUGUCCACAUUAUGAGUAGUAUAGGGCGCAUAACAAAACCUACACCACUCGAGAAGCUAUACUUAGAAGUAGAAAAAGUUCGGUACGAAACCUAAUACAAUCCUAAUAUACAUAAUUAUAUGAAUCGCUGUACUUAAAAAGCCAAUUUCGAAUAUUAUUAAAUUCUCAUACUCUGUAAAACCUACUCAAAGACAUGAUGAUAUAAUUAUCUCUACUAGAAGCCUAUUUAGAAAAUAAUUCAGUUUUUACACUCUCAUUUUCUCUAAUAAACCUACACGAGACCAUCAUAAUUUGGUUAUCUCUUCUAAAAGCCUAUUUAGAAUAAUAUCAAACUCUUAUACUAUCAACCUCGUUCCCAGGGUUCUCUCCUACCCGAGAGAACCCUGGGAACGAGGUUGUUAUACUAUUAUUUUUUUUUUGAAGUAUUAUUUUUAAAUAGUUUUUUUUUAAUUAACUUUUUGAUGUUUUUUAUAAUUGUUACUAGUUGUCUUUAGAUAGUCAUUUUACGACAAUUCUCUUUCGUACACAAGAAGAAUGUACAUAGGGUAUAUAUUUUAAUAUUUCAUAUUCUUGAAUCUGUAAAUAGUCUAUUUUUUUAAAUCUAUGAAUAAAGUUUUGUAUUUAAAAAAAAUUAUUAUUAUUAUUAUUAUUAUUAUUAUUAUUAUUAUUAUUAUUAUGAUGGUUAUUAUAAUCCUCAUUAAACACAGCUUCUGUAUGGCUUGCUGGAGUCAUCGUCCGCAUGUGUGCGAUGGGGCGGACGAAUCCCUUGAACACCUUUUUAGUUCUUGCCAGAUUACUCAGAGUUUUUGGGCAGAGGUUAUUAAAUGGUGUAACAAUCGGGGGGGGUUAUUAACCACAUCUCAGCUAAAGAUAUAUUAUUUGGGAAAAAGGUACAUAAAGACAAUAUAUUUAUUAAUCAUAUUUGGCUAGUUGGUGAGCAGAACAUAUAUAAUUGCAGAUGCACGAAAACAAACCCAUGUUUACGGGUUUUCUUGGCAAGACUCAAUUACGUUUAUCAGUUAGAAACCAUCAUUGCCAAAUCGAAGAAUAAAAUGUCUUUUCAUUUAUGCAAAUGGCAAGCUCUCUUGACAGGUGGUACACAAUUGCCGAUAAAUACUUGUUAAGGUUUAGUAGUAUUGAUACUGUCGUUGUGUGUCGUGUGUGCUGUGCGUGCGUGUGUGAGCUAUUUGUGUAUUAUUUAUUUAUUUAUUAUUUUAUUUUAUUUAUUUAUUUAUUUAUUUAUUUUAAUUGUAAUGUCGGUAAUUUAUGUAAAAUUAGUGUUAAUAAACAGUGAUUAAAUUACCAAAAAAAAGUCCUUAAAGAUCAAGUCACUGCCCGGUGACCUUAAGUGUCCAAUUCUUUGCGAAGGAGUCUGGCUGUACCCAGUAAGCACGCUCUCUGCAAUGAAUCCAAACGACAUUUUGAUGCUAUAGCUGUAAAGCUCCUUUUGUUCAUUCGAUUCUUAUCUUUUCGCACGUCUUGUGUUUAACAAUUCAGGAAAAAGCUGCAGUGAAAUAAAAUUGUGCAGUCCACAAGCCACAAGCGGCGCCUAUGUUAUCGACCCUGAUGGAGAAGGAGGCUACGAACCUUUCACCGUCCAUUGUGACAUGACUGACAAGAACGGAGUUGGCGUGACAGUUGUUGGCCACGACAGUGAAACCAGGACUCUGGUUAAUGGAUAUGGUCCCCCAGGAAGCUACGUACGUAAUGUCCAUUACAUAGCAGUAGGCUUGACUAAUGUUCCACAAUUGGCUGGUCUUCUGAAAAUGUCUGCAAAUUGCGAGCAGUUUAUCAAGUAUGAAUGCCAUGGCUCUGCCCUCCAUUCCAAUGGUAGCCCAAAUGGCUGGUGGGUAUCACGUGACCUGAUACAAAUGACAUACUGGGGUGGAGCCUCCCCGUCUGACUUCUACAAGUGCGCAUGCGGGGUGACAAAUUCGUGUGCAGACAGCAGCCUCGGUUGUAAUUGCGAUAAAAAUGAUGAUACAUGGCGUGAAGACAGCGGUCUUCUUACAGAAAAGUCCCACCUCCCUGUUUUGCAAUUGAAAUUCGGGGAUACAGGGGGAUCCAGCGAAGAAGGUUACCACACGCUGGGAAAACUGAAGUGUUACGGAAUUGCUUGA